GUAACUCAGUACAAUACUAGUUCAUCUUUAAUUAUGUGUCGUCCUUAUAUAAUGUAUAUUGAUUAUGCAUAAUUAUAUCUGUGUUUUUUGGUAAGUCGAUUUGAGUGAACGGUUACAGCACUAAACGCGAAGAAAGACACCACGAGAAAUACGGUAUGUUUGAAUGUACUGAGUGAGUGGUAAACGAGAGCCUACCAUAAAAUAUUAGACAUUAUGACAGGUGUCUAAAAGUUUAAUGAGCAAAAUGCGAUGCAACUCCUUGUUCUCACAAUGGGAUAUUUUAGAAAUGUGGUUCAAAAAUAGAGUCACUCGAAGGAUAUUUUGAUCCUGUAAGUAGCUAACAGGAUAGCAGAUGUCUAGAUCUGCUUUACUUUGAUUUAGCUGGGUUUACUGUAACGCUAAUCUAAAUGCAGAGCACGCGUGUCCGAGCAGCACAGACCGACCCCGAACUACAGACCACAGUGACAUUGUUUUCGGCUAUACUCUUAUUUCGACUCAUCCUAAUUCAUUAGUUUUAGGCUGACCAGACGUCCCGGAUUUCCAUCAUAGGUCCCGGUGUCCAGACAUUUUGCUCAAAAUCUUUAAAAAGUCCUGGUUUUCAGCCACGACACACUCUAAAUGCAUUUUGUCAAAAUGACGUAAACAACCGCUUUUAUUAGUUAAUGUCACCUGCAGUGAAAACAAAUUAAAGUAAAAAAAAAAAAGAAAAAAAAGCUACUAGGGGACAUUAUUUUAAGUGAUUAACUCAGGCGUACGUGCUUAUUCUUCAGUGUGCCGUGCGUUUUCAUUUAGUUUAUAUUUAAUAUGAAUCUACAAUUGUGUGUAAUACGGUCAUAUUGUAGCUGAUCAGUUCUUGCGGCAUUUAGCCCAGACAAAGCAGCGAAAGGUUGCAACAUCAAGCAUCCGAAACCAUCAGGUUAAAUCACACCAACAACGUCAAUACAAAACAUAGCCUGACGCAGCGAGUAAAAGAAAGAAAGAAAGAAAGAAAGAAAGAAAGAAAGAAAGAAAGAAAAACGAGAACACCUGUCAAUAAGAGUCUGGAUGCCUUGGAUCGGGACGCUGUGAGUCAGCAUGGAGACAAUCAGCACCCAGCAACCCUACCCUGGCCCACACAGGCUGUCAAUCAGCACCCAGCAACCCUACCCUGGCCCACACAGGCUGUCAAUCAGCACCCAGCAACCCUACCCUGGCCCACACAGGCUGUCAAUCAGCACCCAGCAACCCUACCCUGGCCCACACAGGCUGUCAAUCAGGACCAAUGAGGAUGAGGCUGACCGCAUUGAGAACGGCAACAGCAGGGAUCAGUCACUCUGCGAAGACACUUCCUCUGAGCUGCAGAGAGCCGUCUCCAUGGAGACCAGAGAGCUGGCGGAGUCCCGCAGGAGUUCCUUCACAGGCAGGGGAGCCAUGGCCAGGGUUUCUCGAUUUCUCCUUUCAUUAAGAAACUGGGCAAGGCGACGACUGCACCACGAAGACCAGAGACCAGACUCCUUUCUGGAGCGCUUCCGAGGCCCGGAGCUCAAGGAGGCUUCCAGCAGAGAGAGUAACACCCAGUCAGCCCUGGGGACCCCGGGCCAGCACGGCAGAGUGAAGAGCCACUGGCCCUCGGCAAACUUCAAUGUGAACAACUGCAACAAUACAGACGACAAAAAGGAAGACAAAAAGGAGAAGAAAGAGGAUGAUAAAAAAGAGGAAAAGGAGGAGAAAAAAGAUGACAAGAAGGAUGCCAAAAAGGACGAUAAAAAGAAAGAGGAGAAGAAAAAAGAAGUGUUUGUCAUCGACCCAGCGAGCAAUCUAUACUACAGGUGGCUGUCCAUUAUUGCAGCUCCAGUCAUGUACAACUGGUGUCUGCUGGUGUGCAGGGCAUGUUUUGAUGAACUUCAAAUGGAUUACCUGGUUUUGUGGGGUGUUUUAGAUUACUCCUCAGAUUGUGUCUACCUCAUUGACACUUUUGUGAGAUUUAGGACAGGUUUCCUCAAACAAGGAUUGCUUGUCAAGGAUUCAAAGGAGUUACGAGAGAAUUACAUGAAGACUUUGCAGUUCAAAUUUGAUACACUCUCACUCAUGCCGACAGACUUAAUCAGCAUUAAAAUUGGGUCCAACUGGCCUGAACUGAGGUUUAACAGGCUCUUCAGAUUCGCACGCAUGUUUGAGUUUUUUGACCGCACCGAAACCAGAACCAAUUACCCCAACAUCUUUCGAAUCGGCAACCUUGUCCUGUACAUCCUGAUUAUUAUCCACUGGAACGCAUGCAUAUACUUUGCCAUUUCCAAAGCCAUAGGGUUUGGGACGGAUACCUGGGUGUACCCCAACAUAAGCCACCCUGAAUACGGUCGACUGGCCAGGAAGUACAUCUACAGCCUGUACUGGUCCACACUGACACUGACCACAAUUGGGGAGACCCCUCCCCCAGUGAAGGACGUGGAGUACCUCUUUGUCGUGUUCGACUUCCUGAUUGGAGUGCUGAUCUUCGCUACCAUCGUCGGUAAUGUGGGUGCCAUGAUUUCCAACAUGAACGCCUCCAGAGCGGAAUUCCAGGCCAAGAUAGAUUCCAUUAAGCAAUACAUGCAUUUCCGCAAAGUCACCAAAGACCUGGAGGCCCGAAUCAUCAAGUGGUUUGACUAUCUCUGGACCAACAAGAAAACAGUGGAUGAAAAGGAGGUCCUGAAGAACUUGCCUGACAAGCUGAAAGCCGAGAUCGCCAUCAACGUCCACCUGGACACGCUGAAGAAAGUGCGCAUCUUCCAGGACUGCGAAGCCGGGCUUCUGAUAGAGCUGGUGCUGAAGCUGAGGCCACAGGUGUUUAGCCCCGGAGACUAUAUCUGUCGCAAAGGGGACAUUGGCAGAGAAAUGUACAUCAUCAAAGAGGGGAAGCUGGCUGUCGUAGCAGACGACGGCAUCACCCAGUUUGUUGUUUUGAGUGACGGGAGUUACUUUGGAGAAAUCAGCAUCUUGAACAUCAAGGGUAGCAAGUCAGGGAACAGAAGGACUGCAAACAUUAGAAGCAUAGGCUACUCCGAUCUCUUCUGUUUAUCCAAGGAUGACCUCAUGGAAGCCCUGACUGAGUAUCCGGAGGCCAAGAAGGCACUGGAGGAGAAAGGGAAAGCCAUUUUAAUGAAGGAUGGCUUGAUAGACGAGGAGAUGGCCAAACAAGGAGACGACGCGCAAAACAUGCAAGAAAAAGUGGACCACCUGGAAACCACUCUGGACCUCAUGCAAACGAAAUUCGCCAGACUGAUGGCAGAGUUUACCUCGAGCCAGCAAAAGCUCAAACAGAGACUCGCAACAGUGGAGUCGAAAGUGAAGAAGUACGGGAGCGCAAGCUUCUCGGAGGAUCUGGAAACAGACAACGAAGCUGCGAAAGAAGAGGACAAAAAGGACAAAUAACAUGCACUGGUCUGUGCACUGGUCAGUGCACUGGUCUGUGCAUUUCUGAUUAUCUUGGACUAGACCAGCUAAUUGUUUUUUAUAAGAUACCAAACAGGAAAAAAAUGUAGUUUGAUACUUAACUUCUGUUUUCAUUUAACAUAUAAUGUUAAGUUAUGCUUU